AUGGGUGGCUUAGAGCUAAAAACCCUCCGAUUCAUUGUUUCCAUAACAUUGAUUGUUUGGUCUUUCACGUCGACUGAUCACAUCUGCUAUGCAAGAAGACAUGGCCAACCUGCGCAGGAGAGCCCCGCCGGCUCAAUUAGUGUACUAGACAGUGGUGCUAAAUGUGAUGGAAAAACUGAUGACACAAAGGCAUUUCAAAAAGCAUGGGCAAAAGCUUGUAACACGGAGAAGUCGACAAUGUUGGUUCCGUCUGGGCGCACCUGUCUGCUUGGCUACAUCGUUUUCUCUGGACCUUGCAAAUUAAACGUUGCAUUUCGGUUGGAUGGGACAAUGAUUGCACCCGCAAGCACAAGCAGCAGUGUGUGGGGAUCGAAUCGCGAACAGUGGCUCCUAUUCCAGAAUGUGCAAGAUUUUGUAUUAAGUGGCGACGGUGUGAUUGAUGGACAAGGCCAUGUCUGGUGGAAGUCUGAAAUUGAUGACAAUAUUAACCAAGCUCCUCAUCUUCAAACAAGUCUUCCUCCCAAAACCAUUAAUGCUUCCCUAACAUGGAUGGACAGCGCUAAGAAGGGAAAGUCUGGUUCUGGACAACGAGGCAACAAGCCAGAUUCAGCACUGAGGUUUGCUGACUCGAGAGGUGUGACAGUCACUGGCAUUAAAAUUCAAAACAGUCCUCAAAUGCAUCUUAAAUUUGAAGGGUGCAGCAAUGUUCGGGUUUUGGCAAUUACUAUUUCAUCUCCUGGCGAUAGUCCUAAUACGGAUGGGAUCCAUCUCGAAAACACUCGAGACGUAUUUAUCGACGGCCCUGUUAUUGCAUGCGGUGAUGAUUGUAUAUCGGUGCAAACCGGAAGCUCGAACGUGUUGGCGCAGAACGUGUUCUGCGGACCCGGACAUGGAAUCAGCAUAGGCGGGCUAGGAAAAGGCGACUCCAGAGCAUGCGUCUCCAACAUCACUGUCCGAAACAGCUCCAUCCAUGAUACCAGCAAUGGCGUGCGAAUUAAAACAUGGCAGGGGGGUUCAGGCUCGGCGAGCAAAAUAACGUUCGCGGACAUUCGAGUGAGCGAUGUUGAAAACGUGAUCGUCCUCGAUCAAUACUACUGCGAUACAGAGGGAGAUGGACAUUGCCCUAACAAAACAACAGCAGUGGAAGUAUGGGACGUGCACUUUGAGAAAAUAGUAGGGACGUUCGUAAAGUCAGCAUUGUAUAUGGCAUGCAGCGACAGCUCGCCGUGCACGGGCAUAUCUCUGGCCGGCAUACAGCUCCGUCAGGCGGCGGCCAAGGUCGACCAUGCAGAAUCAGUGUGCUGGCAGGCGUUUGGGCAGGUGACAGAUUUCGAAGCCCCUGGCUCCUCCUGCAUAAAGCCCGAGAGGUAUAGUAGAACUCGCUCCGCUGGUGCAGAGUCCUGUUGAAGCUAGCAGGCGUAUGGGCAUAUAUAUAUAGAAAUAUAUAUAAAUAAAUUCUCCAUCAAUAAAGUUGGAGUAAUUAAUUAGAUUGAUAUGAAUAAUACAAAUAUAUGGAAUAAAGGAGCGAAUUAAGUAUCAAUGUAAUAAUAAUGUGGGGGGUUUUAAUAAUUAGCUUGCUGGGUGAAGAUCCAGUGUGGGAAACCCUAUGAUUUGUAGCAGUAAACCCCUCUGCAACUGCAAGGGAUCAAUGUUAAAGCAAUAAAAUUAUGGACUGGAAUGAUUUUUCUCUUA